AUGCACAAUGAUCCACGGUCUUCCUCACAGCAGUCGUUGAGUCCGGAACCAGGAUCCCAGAGUGAGCGCAGGAAGCUGCUCUGCGUCUUCGUCCACGGGUUCAUGGGCAACGAGACCAGCUUUCGAAGUUUUCCGGCGCAUGUUCACAGCUUGCUCACUGUACUGCUCGCCGAAACACAUGUGGUGCAUACCAAAGUCUACCCGCGGUAUCGUUCUCGAGGCAACAUCACUGUCGCGAGAGACAGCUUCAGCAAAUGGAUCGAGCCACAUCAAGAUUCCAUGACCGAUGUCGUUCUCUUGGGGCACAGUAUGGGCGGUCUUCUCUGCGCGGAGAUUGUGCUCAUGCGAUCGCCACCUCCAGGGAAUCGACCUUUGAAUCAUCGUAUUCUCGGAACGAUCAACUUCGAUGUGCCAUUUCUGGGAAUGCACCCCGGAAUUGUCAAGAGUGGUCUUGCUAGUCUCUUUAAGCCAGCGGACGAGCCGCGAGAUGAUCCCGCUGCGACAAGCAGUCCUCCCCCUCGACCAGAUACAUUCUGGUCAAAAGGACAAAUGGAUCCCAACUACAAUACGCCGUAUCCGAACGAUGUCAAACUGGCUGAGCGUAAGGGCUGGCGCAAUGCAUGGCAUUUUGUCAGCAAGCAUUCCGAUAAUUUGACUGGCGCCACCAAGAAGCUCAUAUUGUCUCAUCUAGAAUUCGGUGGUGCUAUGGCGAAUUAUGGCGAGCUCAAAACACGAUACGCCAGAAUCAGAGCAUUGGAGGAGCAGGAUAGUCGUAUUCGACAGAGUGUGGUGGAAGGCGGCGUGCCACCCAGAGUGAGAUUUAUCAAUUAUUACACCGCGAGCACAGGCCGGCCGAAGAAACCAGCAUCGCCAAAUCGCAAAUCUCCCAGCCCGGGUCGAAGCAGACAGGAACGUGAGUCGCGCUCCCUAAGUACUAGCUCAGUCAACGAGAGGCCUUCACGACAGAGCCUAUCACCUAGUCCUCUGAGAUCUGCUACUUCAAUGCGCGAUCUAAGUCCGCGGCCGGAGAUGUUGAGCAUCAGUCCACGACCAGAGCCCCAGCAGGAAGAGUGCGACAGUGCCAUGGAAAGCCUCAGCAUAGGCGAGCCGUCGACUCGGACUGCAACGCUUUUGGAACUACCAGAGCUACCGGAACCACCGAAGCCACUCGAUCUCAGCUUCAUCGAAGAUCCCGACGCAAGAAAAGCCGUCGAGAAGGAACACGCGAAAGCGGUCAAGACCUACGAGAAGGCGGUAAAGGAACGAAGCAAGCUCAUCGAAGACCGGAAAAAAGCUCAGGACAAGCAUGCUCGAAAGGAGCAGAAAGCCGCUGCAAAAGCCGAAAAGGAGGAGACCAAGCACCUGACAUCCACCACCACAAUCCCCACCAUCAGUAGAAUCACCACCGGCGACACGGAGAACCUCAGCAAGACAGAGAGCAAAGAGAAACCCAAAGGCCCACCUAAAGAUCGCAAAUUCUGCAGUCUACCGCCCAAGGACUCGAACGGCGAGCGAGAUCCAUGCUGGGUGCGGGUGUUCAUGAAGGAUAUGGAUGAAGUCGGGGCUCAUUGCGGACUAUUCUUCGUGGACGAGCGGUAUGAGCGUUUGGUCGGGGAUGUGGCGGAGAGGAUCGAAGGGUGGGUGAAGGAGGAUGUGGAUCGGAGGAUGUUGGAGGGAAUGAAGGAGUAG